GGCGAGACACGCACCCGAUGUUUUUGGAGGCUCCUUCUUGCUUCUGGAAUCUACUAUGGCAUCGUCUCUCUAUGCCCUGAUCGAUCCCGGUAACUUCGCUCGCUCUCUGCACCUCGCCUUCUACUGAUUACUUGCGAUUGUUCGGUGUCACUUCUUCUGGUUCCGCUUGUGCUCGGAAAUCAAUUGGAACCCCGGUUUGUCUCGAUUGAUUGGAGUUGCGAAGAGGACGAUCGAUACAGUCGGCUUGGGAUCCGAUUAAUUAUUGGAUUACACUUUGUGUUGUCUUUGGUACGUUGCAUGUGAGUUUGAGCCAAAGGACAACAUAAAAUGUGGAAAAGGUAUGGAGUGUGAUAACGAGCGGGAAAUAUCAUGUUGCAGUGCUUAGAAUGGCUCAAGCAUUUUGUUGCUAUACUAGGGAAGUGCUGUGAUCUUGACUGGUACAGUCAGUCAAAAAGCCUCAUUGAUCCAGAACGGUUAGCCAGGGAAACAGUGUGUAAGUUGACAAUUGACUGUGAGUUGCCCAUGUUUGCUACUACCUCGGACCUCUCUAUCCUGUAUUACCACUGUUGCUUGUGGGUCAGACUUGAAUGGAUUUUAAAUAUAGUUAGUGUAAGUGAAAUAGAAGCAUUAUAUGAGCUAUUCAAAAAGAUCAGUAGUGCUGUGAUUGAUGAUGGGUUGAUCAACAAGGAAGAAUUCCAGUUGGCACUAUUUAAGACUAAAAAGAAGGAGAGCUUAUUUGCUGAUCGGGUGUUUGAUUUAUUUGACACAAACCACAAUGGAAUUCUAGGAUUUGAAGAGUUUGCACGUGCUUUGUCUGUCUUCCAUCCAAAUGCUCCUAUUGAUGACAAAAUUGAUUUUUCUUUCAAACUAUAUGAUCUCAAGCAACAAGGUUUUAUUGAAAGGCAAGAGGUGAAGCAGAUGGUAGUGGCGACACUUGCUGAAUCUGGAAUGAAUCUUUCAGAUGAUGUCAUAGAAAGUAUCAUUGAUAAGACUUUCGAGGAAGCUGAUACUAAGCAUGAUGGGAAAAUAGACAAGGAAGAAUGGCGCAGUCUUGUCCUGCGGCAUCCCUCUCUCUUGAAGAAUAUGACUCUCCAAUAUCUGAGGGACAUCACGACGACGUUUCCCAGCUUUGUCUUUCACUCUCAAGUCGAUGACACGUAGGUUCUUUGUUUCAACCUUGAAAUAAAGGCUUUUCCGUAUGGGCUUGCUUGUACAGUCUGCCGCAUGCUUCUUUUCUCGUGAACAUUCAGGAGAAUGUUAUCCAAGUUGGAGUUUGGUGGCUUUUCCUAGGACUUCUUUCUAGGAUGAUCUGAUACUUGUGUUCCUCCACUUUAUUUCCUUGAUGGUGCCACCAGGAUGGUAGGGAUGGGAGAUCAUGUUUAUUUUCCUGGAUUGCAAAGUCUGCGGGAGAUCAAAUGGUUUCUUGUUAACAAUACAGAGUGAAGGUAUUUAAUCUUAACCUCAUCGUUUUCAGAA